UAUACGCAUCACUUCACUUCGCCGUAUGCAUCAACAGCACCACACCAACCCGCGACGACGAGCUGAUCACUGAGCUCCUCUACAAGCAGUUACUGUCGAUCCAUGGCGGCAGCAGACAUAAAGUGCGAGCAGCCGAAGCGGACGCCGAGCGCUUCGUCUCUGAGGAUCUUCGGCUACGACGUGGCCGGCGAGGGUAUUAUUGCCGAUCACAUCGUCGUCGCCCAGCCUCCGCCGCAGGACGACGGCCGGCCAGUGGUGGUGGUGGACAGGCGCCGGUUCGAGUGCCAGUACUGCUGCCGCGAGUUCGCUAACUCGCAGGCGCUUGGCGGGCACCAGAACGCGCACAAGAAGGAGCGGCAGCAGCUGAAGCGUGAGCGCCAGUUCGCCGCCCGCGUCCUUGACGGCGGCGCCGCUGCAGCUGCCGGCUUGGGCGGCAUCUGCGUCGCCGGUUUCACGUCGUCGCGGCCGCCGCCCGGACACGUCAUCGCCGUAAGCCCGGGCGCCGUCGCCAGCUGGGUCUACCUCGCGCACCAGCCAGCGGCUGCAACCAUGGCCAUGGGUCUGCCGUUCCACGCCGGCGUAUGCCAACCUGAGCCAUUGAUGCUGCGUGGCGGUACCGGCGGUCGAUCGUACGAGAUGUGCGCUCUGGCUGACGACGACACCGAGGAACCAUCAUCGGCGAUGGGGCUGGACCUGCAUCUCAGCCUUGCUCCGGCCAGUUCAUCGUAAAUCGUUCCCUCUCUGAUUGAACCACGUAUGUAACACAUACACUGUAACUCACAGAAGUCCAAGGCUUAUGUUCUUGUGUCCCUCCUUUUCGGUUCCUUUUCUCUAUUUCCGAAAAUCUCAUUCCUAGUCCAUACCAAUACCUCAGUUAAUGUUGCACAAAGUACUCACUACUUGAUCAAAGUUUCAAAGCUAGAAAUUUAUCUUUAUAUAUUAAAAAAACAAUUGAUUGCUGGCAUACGAUUUUAAAAUUUACUCCACCCACCUUCUAAUUAUAUAGCAUUUUGUUAGUUUUGUUAUAGGUCAAACAUCUCUAAAUUUGAUCUUCUUCAUCUUCUUAUGAUCGUCAAAGGUGAGACAAUGCUUUACUUGCUUGGUGCCGUAA